UAUAAAAUUAUCAACGCAAAGUUGUGGAGAAAAAGAAAAAGAAAAAAGGAUCAGAAAAUUUAAGUGUACGGUAAACAAUGAUGACUAUAAAUUGACUAUAAAGCAGAAAUUGAAUAAUGGAAUAAAUUGUACAAGAAAUAUCGUUUAUAACUAAGCGAAUGACAUUUUUAACGCACGAAUGAUGGAUAAAUAUAUCGUUAUAUUCAUUUAAUAGUUUUGAGUUUUCUUCCAUUUCUUUUUAAAUAAGUUUUAGUCGAUUAAUAAUUCAACAAAAAUGAAUUGACACCAUCUACCAUCAUAAUUUGUAUAUGUUACAGAAUCGCGUGUAUAUAAUGAGAAAUUAUUCGGUGAGAAAUCAUUGGAAGACAUUAUCAAAAAUAAAAUUUUGUGUAAAUUCUUCUAUUAUUACGUGCAAGACUAAAAUCGUCAUCAAUUACAUAUCCAGAGUAAUUAAUAAUAAGCGGAUCAAACUUCGGGAUUCGAGUAACAUUUCAAUUUUUCCUGCAGUUGAACUUGGUUAAGAAAAUAAAAAAUAAUAAAUAAUAUUCUAUAAUUUGAAAAGUGAAAGAUGUUGAUAAAAAAAAACUUGCAGUAUUAACAAACUUUAAACUACGACCCAUCAUAAUAUUCAAUUGGGAAUCUUGAGGAAAAUUAAUCAGGGAACGUAAAGAUUCUGAUAAAAAAUUUUUACGAUAAAAAAUUCAAACCUCUCGCAGCUAUACUUUAUCGAAUUUUAUUUUUUACUGCCGUUGCUGCCGCGUACCAUAAUAUUUUUGGAAAGAUCAUCGUAGCUGCUCAUGAGGGCUAGACACAACGAUUAUGGUGCUACAACAAUCGUACUCGUAUUUGUUUUUUUUAUCAACGUUAUGCUUCAGAUCGAGAGUUUAGCAGGGAUAAUGGCGGACGGUGUGGAAAAAAUUGGUCAAAAAACUGAAGACGGGUCACAAGAAUUCAUAGAAAACGAUGUUAAACCUUUGAUGAAUUUUGGAACAAAUAAUUCAACGGUUAUAGUCGCACAGACCGGAUCAACGGCUCUGAUACCUUGCGUAGUGCAAAAUAUGGGGGACAGUAUGGUUUCAUGGAUAAGGAGAAAAGGUGUUCAACAAUUACUUACCGUCGGGUUAACAACUUAUGCGAGUGACGAACGUUUCCAAGCGAUUCAUUUCCAACACAGCGAGGAUUGGACUCUUCAAAUAAAAUAUGUCCAACAAAGAGACGCAGGUAUCUACGAAUGUCAAGUUUCAACGCAUCCUCCCUCCAGCAUAUUUCUGCUCCUACAGGUGGUUGAUGCUCAUACGGAGAUCGAUGGACCGUUGGAAAAAUAUUUCCGACCGGAUAGUAAUUUGUUGUUGCAUUGCGUUGUUAAAAAAUCAACGGAAAUACCAUCGUAUUUAUUUUGGUACCACAAUACGCGCAUGGUAAAUUACGACACCGAUCGGGGUUACAAUAUAAGUACAGAUUUAACCGGUAAAGAAAGUUGGUUGGAAAUAUCAAGAGCAACGAUUCGACAUUCUGGUAAUUACACUUGCGAAGCUAGCAACGCUAAAUCAACGCGUGUUUUAAUACACGUAUUCAAUGGCGAUAAUCCGGCCGCCAUGCAACACAGCUCGGCGUUAUCAUCAUUUUCGAAGAAUAAUUUUUUACAUAAAAAUAAUAUCAUCCUAGUUAUAUCCGUAGUUAUAAUACGUUCGAUACUGAACGCGAUCCACAUCAGGAAAAGACCGAAUUUCAUCGUCAGAUAAAAAACAAAUAAAUAGAAAAAAUCAAAAAGAAGAUAGAGAAGAAAUUAAUUUGCGAUUGAGUAUAAAAUUAGCCAAACUGCACACGAACUUCGGACACAAUACUCGAAAACAUUCCAAAUCAUCCGUAGUUCUUAUCUUUUUUAUUUUCUAUAUUUUCUCAAGCCGAGCAAAAAUAAUUCAUUUCCCGAUUGUCAAAAAAUUAUUGCAAAGAAAAAUAAGCAUUGCACCAACAUGUAUGUAUACUAUAUCUGUGUAUAAUCAUAUAUUCUAAUAUGUUAGAUUAAUGAAAAUGGCGUUGAUUUUUCAAAGAUAUUUGAUUGGAUGUUACGCAAACUCUUGUGGGAUACUUCAAUGCGAGUGAAGAAAAAAGAGAGAAAAUGUAAGUUACAUGGAAAGUAAAUAAGAUAAAAUUGAUGGCUAAAGUAUACGUACAUAAAUUAUAAGAAGAAAAAAAUCUGUAAUAAAAAUAUAAAAUAAUGAUAAAAUAUAACGAUUGUGUCGUGUGAUAGCUGGAAAAACUAUGUAUACAAAUAUAUUAUAUGAAAAGAAGCAGUAAUACAAAUAAAGCGAAAAGAAUCAGAAAGAAAAAUUAUAUAUAUAUAUGAAGAAAAAAUAGAAAAACACAAAAUAAAAGAUAUGUAUAAUUAUAUCAUAAUCGCAAUCGAUGUACAUAAAGAUUAAUUGCUUUAAUCAAAUGGAUAUAGAGAUUAUAUAUCACCUAUGUAUACUAGAUAUGUACACUUAUAACUGCGUCAUGUAAUGAAUCGUAAUGUUGUUUUAUGUUGUUCUUCUCAUUGAAGAAGAGCAAAAUAAAAGAAUCAUAGAAGAUUAAAAAAAUAACACCUCACUAAUACUUACACUCAAUAAUGCGCAUGUAAUGAUUAGUGUCUGAAUUCAAAUGAUCGUGAUAUGAGAGACGAAAAGAAAAUUUUCCUUCACCCUUUUUGUUUAAAAGUUUCUGAAACAAAAAGAAAAUUAAAAGAAGAAAACAUUUUUCACAAAUCCGUCCUGCGCAGGGAUUAUUAUGUACCUUAUAUUAUUAGGUUAUGUUAUGCUAAAAAUUAAUUAAAUAUCGUCGUAAAAACCUUAAUCAUAAUAAUAUUCCAUAUAACAGUGAAAUAAUAAUAAUAAUCAUGCUACUAAUUUUUAAUCAUUUUUUUCUUAUCCUCCUGUAUCUUAUUCUUAUUAUGUUGGUUUCUUUUCAAUUUAGUAUUUUAUAUGAUUUUUAAUUGCAUUCAAGUAUCUCGAAAUUGUAUCUUCUAUUUAUUUAUUUUUCAUCCAUCAUUAUCAUUAUUUUCGUGAUUAUUAUUAAGGUUGUGAAGAUUUAGGCCUUUCAUAUGAAUUAAAUCUGAAGCGAAAUAAAUUCAUUUGACGUAGAGAAAAAAAGAAAAACCAAAGUAUCUGGGAAUAAAGUUGAAAAAUUGAAUGAAACUAAACUAAAAACAAAUCGUUUCACUGCUAAAAAUUGAUAUUGCAUACAGUACAUAUGUGUAUGUACACGUAUAUUAUUUUUUCAGAAA